AGAUUUCAGCAGUUGGUCUGCCAACUGCCAUACCUACCUUUGGUCUUUAGUGCCACAGAAGACCAUCCAGGGAAAGGGUCUCCAUUUCAGCCUCCAGUGUAAAGGGCUUGACAACCCUUAUUAUAUGAUAAUGAGCAACCAUCAAGGAACUUCUGGACCACAUGAGUCAGAAAACUUCGUGGAUGUUCUCAACCUGCCAGAUGCAGAGAAGAAAACAGUUAACAAAAAACAGCCUUUCAUAACUCAAGUAUUCCACAAGGCCUCGGUGCCCCACCAGGACCAAGUUUGCACAUCCCUGCCAGUUACUAAGAGAGGAAUACUUUUUGGAAAUGAUCUCUCUGUUGUUUGUGAUGAUGGAAAUCUUCCUAAAGCAAUUCUGGAUAUGCUCUCCAUUCUCAACGAAAAAGGAGCAAUCACUGAAGGCAUCUUCAGGAUAUCAGGCAAUAUGUCAGCAUGCCACGCCCUAAAAGAAAGGCUGGAUUAUGGAAAAAAGGUGAAUCUGAAAAAGGAAUGUGUUCUCGCUGUGGCAUCUGUCUUAAAGGAGUUUCUUCAUAAUAUACAAGGAAGUGUGCUGACUUCUAGACUGUAUGAUAUAUGGCUUGAUGUCCUUGACCAAGAAAAUGAAGAGGAGAAACUAGCUGCAGUGCAGAGUCUUUUACAGCGUCUGCCUUACCCAAAUGUCAGCCUCUUGAGAGAACUUUUCAGAAUGCUACACAACAUAGAAAGAAAUUCUGCAGUUAACAAAAUGACUGCUUAUAGUUUAUCUGUUUGCAUGGCCCCAUGUAUCCUAUGUCUGCCUCGUUCCUGCAACUCGGGAUUAGCAAAUGAUAUCUCCAAUGAGAUUUCCCUUGUAAAAUUUCUCAUCGAAAACAGUCUGAAAAUAUUUGGAGAAAGCACGGUUUUACGUUAUGAUGCAAGCUCAGUGUCUUGCCCUGAUGUGGAGAAAGCAUCAGGUCCCCUAAACAAUAUAACUAACUUUGAUGAGAUGAAGGAUAAGGAAUAUCAAGACAACCACUGUCAAAGUGGGAUGACAUGCCCUACAGGCAACAAUUCAGUGCCCAUGAGUCCAACUGCUCCUCUUCACAAUGAGGGGACUAUAGCUUCUGAGAAACCUGUCAAAAGAUCUUUUAUAAAGCCAAUGAUUACCUGUGGCUCAACUACCAGCCAUGACAAUGUGUGUAUAACCCCAUCCCCAUCAGCACCAAACAAGGGACACCUCUUUGGAAAGUCUCUCACCAUUAUCUGUAAGGAUGGUAAUCUGCCUGCUCCAGUUUUGGACAUGCUUUCUAUCAUCGAUGCAAAAGGACCAGACACAGAGAGAAUAUUCAGAACAUUAGCUAAUAAACCAUACCUCACCUUAAGAGAAAAGCUUGACUCUGCAGAGGAAAUGAACUUGAGAGAGGAAUCUGUUUAUAUCGUAGCAUCUGUCUUAAAGGAAUUUAUUAGGAAUAUUCCAGGAAGCUUACUUUGCUCUAAUCUGUAUGGAAAAUGGCUUGCUGUCCUUGAUCAAGAAUUCCAUGAUCAAAAGAUUUCUGCUAUCCAAAGUCUUUUAAUACAGAUGCCAUUACCAAAUGUUCUCCUUUUGAGACACCUUCUCUCUGUGCUACACAAGAUUAAAGGUCGCUCUUCUAUUACUCACAUGACUGCUUACGCUUUAUCAGUUCGCAUAGCUCCAAGUAUGCUUUGGAAUCCUUCUCUCUCCAACUCAGGGUUUGGGAAUGAUAUCUCACAAAAGAAACGACUGCAGAAGGAGACUUGACAAGCAGCAACCGGAUUGGCCAAAUAGCUUCUGGAUGGAGAAAUUUUUUUCUCAGCAACUGAAUACUUGAAUCCCCAGGACUACAUUGAAUUCCAUUUCUCCUUCACUUUAUUGAUUAUUCCACUAAGACCCCUUUUUAUUAUUUAAUAUAACCAGCUUUGUCAGCAUUUGAAGGAAUUUGUUUGGAUUUUUGCUUCUGUCCAGAAAUGAGAAUCCCACCCCCAAAUAACAUGCCUCUGUCAACCAAUAGAGGCAUCGGGUUGAUUCUCUUAGAUUGUGGACUUGAGCCUUAAGUAAGCACUUCUCAGGUCCCAGCUCAUUCCUUCUGAAUGUGUCAUGUCCCCUCCCACUUACUUAUACCUCUGAAAAGCUUAUUAAUAAACAGUACUUCUGUUUCUCC